AUGCCGCAUCUUGCGAAACUGAUGCCGAACUACGUGACGGCGACCAUCGCCCUAUCGUUUGGAGGCUUCCUCAACGGCUAUGACACCGGCACCAUCGGCUCAGUAGUGCACAUGAAGCAGUUUGCGACAACAUUCGGUGAUCUUUCCGCGACUGUUCGAGGUAUCACAGUUUCGAUGAUCCUGCUGACGGGCAUCAUCCCCUCGCUGCUCGCCGGCCAGCUGGCAGACAAGUAUGGACGACUGCGCAUCAUAUCACCCGGUGCCGCGCUCUUCGCCCUUGGUGGACUUCUACAAACGACAUCUUUCAGCUUGGGCCAAUUCAUUCUCGGUCGUGCAGUCAGCGGCGUUGGCCAGGGAAUUUUCCUGGGCAACAUCGCCGUGUAUCUCGCAGAGAUAGCUCCCUCCCGCCGGAGAGGUCGACUCGCCGCUUUGCCGCAAUUCAUGGCAACUCUCGGCAUUUGCAUCGGGUACUUCUCCUGCUACACCACGAGCUCGAUUGAAGACAGCACCGCGUGGCGUCUCCCAUACGUGGUCCAGAUCGCCGUCUCCAUCAUGCUCGCCCUCGUCUGCCGAGUUUUACCUGAGUCACCGCGAUGGCUGCUGCUCUGGGGCACGACGCAAGAGGCGGUGACAGCUCUUGAGUUGCUUGACUUCGACAUGGACGAGGCUCGGCGAGACUUUCUCAACACGCCGCAAGAGCAGCCUAGUCUUUCCAUGAGGCAGAAUUUUCUUUUGCCUUUCCGUGGGCCUUACCGGUCGAGGACUUUGUUGGCGCUCUUUAUUCUGUCGAUGAUCCAACUAUCAGGAAUCGAUGCAAUCACCUAUUACGCUCCCGCUUUGUUCGACCAGGCUGGCAUCUCACAGUCCAACUCCUCGCUAAUCGCAUCCGGCGUUUCUUCCGUCACGAUGCUGGUCGUGUCUAUCCCAGCCUCCAUCCUAGCCGAUAAAUGGGGAAGACGAACAUCGGCUAUCAGCGGUGGUGUUAUUCUUUCUGGUCUCAUGAUGCUCAUGGGCAGUCUCUAUGCAGCUGGAGCGGUGGGACCUACAGGAGCUGCUCGAUGGGUAGUCGUCAUCUCAGUGUUCGCAUUCGGCAUGGCCUACUGCGCUACCUGGAAUGUUGUCGGAAAGAUCUACGCCAGCGAGAUUCUACCUGGAAAUACCAGAGCCGCAGGAAACUCGAUCGGCAUGGCGUCUUCGUUUCAUAUGGCGCAUACUUCCUUUUCGGGGGUCUGA